AUGGAAGAAGACAGCCCCAUCGAGAAGCAGGUCAAGGAGCUCGAGCAUCAGAUAGCGCACCUCCAGCGAUCCAACGCCGAGAUGGAGGAAUUCCUGAGAGAAAACACCGAUGCGGAGCUGCGCGCAGCGAUCGGCGAGAACAUCGUCACGAUCGCGCGUCGACGCGCCAUCGUUGAGGAUCUCCGAAAACUUCUGCCUGAGCGAAGCGGCGCCACCGUGGUAGCACCCAGUGGAGCGGCGGUUCUGAGCGACGUUGACGGCAGCAUGCUCCUCUGA